AUGCCGCUACGAUAUAGGCAGCAUGAGGAUGUGCUCCCACAACCUCUUCCAAGCACCCCCCCUGGCCAUACUACCCCAGCACUGGAGGUUAACCCACCAGAACCAACUGAUGUGUCUACUGGUGAUCGUGCAUCUCUGCCAGUUCCCCCCUUUCGCACUGCUAGAAAUGUCUUUGGAUUGAUUCACCAGUUCUUCUCAUCCACCCCCCCAUCUCAUGACCUGGAAGAAGCAGUGAUGCUCCAAGAUAUCAGUUAUGUGCCAGCUGUUACUUCAGCAGAGCUAGAUGUCCUUGCUGACACUCAUGACAUUUUAUUUCACGCCUAUCCCAAUCAAUCGUCUUUUGAGCUCGGUCAUUGGUACUGGAAUGGCAGUGUGCAGAAGUCCCAUCAAAGCUUCAAAGAGCUCAUUGAUAUUGUUGGUCACCCAAAUUUUGAUCCCGAUAAUGUCUGGAGUAUGCCAUGGGACAAAAUCAACUUGAAACUAGGUGUGAGUAUUGAUGACGAUGAGAGGGAGGAAUGGGAGGAUGAGGAUCUCUCAAAUCCUCAGGACGAUGAGCUUUUCCAUUAUGAACCUUACCAACUGCGAUGGAGUGCUCCUCAUCUUCCUUGUGAGGUUGACAUUCAAGGUGAACUAUAUACCUCUCUGGCUUUCAUGGAUGCGCACCGUGAACUUCAGGAGUCUCCUCAGGAGGAGGGGUUCAUAUAUGAGAAGAACUACAGCAUUGACAGUGUAGCAGUCGAGUCACUUCUCAAGCCUGAUUCAUGGGUACCAAACUCAAACUUGCUGUCAGACAGCCUUAGUGCAUUUGGAUUCAACGUGUUUGCUGUGCUUGUCAUUGAUCUCCUUCAUGAGUUCGAACUAGGGGUUUGGCAUAUGCUUCUAGUUCAUUUACUUCACAUCAUUUUUGCCUUGAAUAAGGACCUGGUCCACGAGCUUGAUAAAAGCACCCAGGAGCUCGAUCAUGAGGUUGAUGCACGGUCUCGUUGGCAGGCAAAGGAUGUGGCUAAGCAGGUGGAGACAGGCAAGGCGGAUGGUGUUGGGCAAGGAACUGCAGCGAGUACCAACACUAAAGGGAAACAGAAGGCCAGUGCAGAGCACUUGCAGGAUACCCCCUUACCAAAGCAACUGAGGAGGAAGAAAUCAUUCAAUCUUCAGACCUACAAGUUUCAUGUGCUGGGGGACUAUGUGACUUCCAUCCAUCACUUUGGAACCACUGAUUCAUACAGCACAGAGCCACUUAACUGCUAUUUAGGGGGAGUUGGAGCACCACACGCUGAAGGAUUGAGCACCAUCAAAUGUGCUUGGGCUGCAUUAAACAAUGACAUCAACAAUGGGCUUCUCAUAUGGAGUCAAACGAAACCCGAGAAGCUUUACGAUGAAGUUGGUCAUUACCUUCACAGUAAUGCAGGAGAUCCUGCUAUGAAGGACUUCCUGCCGCAGUUAAAAGAUUAUAUUUUGGACCAUAUUGUCACAGGGGCGCCUGGAUCUUCUAUGGAGAAAAUCACCCAUACCGACAAAGAAUUGAAUCCGGGUGCAUUCAGCUUCAUAGACCUGGGCACUGUGCUGAGGGCAUGUCACAUUAUUCCAGCUUUCUCUCGAGGCCAGCAUAACUCAAAUGAUGGGAUUUCUCCCAUAGCGGGAGAUAAACACGAUUGGCAAGAGUACUACAUUAAUAGUUCUGCCGAUCAUGAUGCCCUCAUGAGGUUUCAUUUUGGCCUCAGGGUAGGGCACAUUUACUCGCAUAGUGUGGGGGUCUCAGAACCUCAUAACUCCGCACCACAGCAUGCUGGUCAGACAAGUGCACAAGUGCAAGAUGAAUGUAUCAAAGACAAUCCAACAGGAAUCGCCCAACCACCUGACAGGGAGUGGGAUGAACAGGAUGAAGAUGCAACUGAUGCCAGUCGAUGGGCGCGAUCUGAAUUCCUCAUCAGCCUUAAUGUGAAGUAUGUUCCAUCAAUGUCCAAUGUGUGGCUAUACAUGCCACAACGGAAUUCCAUUCUUCGCCUCAUACAACUCACUCAUCUGUUUGUCACUUUUAUGAGGGCAGAAUUCAUUCUCAUUGGAUACUUGGCCGACUACACUCACAUCUACCCCAUCUAUUGUGACAAAGUAUUUGAGAAUGAUCAGCCUUGGAUUCAUGUACUUCAACAGGUUGGAACGCUAGUUGUCCCUGGCGCGGGGAAUAUGCACCAUAUCCACAAUUUAUUCGCAACAAUGCUUCCAGAGUUGAACACAUCAGUACAAUUCCAUCAUGCUCUGUUUCCAUUUGGAUAUCCACCUCCCAAGCAUCUCGUUGUCCCUGAUUCGUGUGCUGUGGAGACACCCUCCUUUAGCACAUCUAUGCCAUUUUCAUCAGGACAUCCACCCCUCAAGCACUUCAGUCUCGCUGAUCCAGUCCUUCAACAUGCUGCUGAGAUGCCUGUCAUUGGCACAUCUGUGCCAUGUUUGGAUUACAUUGAUCUUGCAUACAGUGACUUCAACUUCUAUGACCACUCCACUGGCUAUUCUGCAAGCGCUGUUGACAAGUAUCUCAUUCCAGAGGACACAAAUGAAACACAACUCAAGCUAGCCUUUGGUGAGCAGCAACAGAUCAUGCAUCCCAACCUGGAAUGGAGAGACUCCACCAAUACUGGUGUGGACAAAAACAUCUGCUCACAAAUACUUCAUUACAUGAGGAGGUGGGUUGUGGACUGGAGCUUCUGGAAACCCAUUUCGAAUUUCUGCGACAAGAACGUGAUGUCUGAUAAGAUUUGUUUUCUCACUAGUUUAGACAUGACUCACAAGACCUAUGAGGACAUGGAGUCCCACCCAGUGAUCACAAGGAUUUCAGAGACCAAAACCGUGUCUGCCAGAUGGCCUGUGCUUCGCUUAAGUUGCCAAAUUGGACUUAGGAAAAAUCCUGAAAGUACCAAGACGAUUGAGAAGGCUAUCUCCUUCGUUCUGGCUCUUAACUUGGGCCAAUCCUCUCAGGUCCAGCAAGCAAAUUCAGACCUCAUAAGUCACCAGGUUUACCAUAUUCUACUUCUCAUGGUGAAGGAUGAAUUAAAGAAGAGGAAGACCAUGGUCAUGAGUGAAGCCAAGGUUGGGAAUGAAGCUGAGGCUGAGGUAGAGGUGAAUAUCAAUAUCAACACCAGCGCUAAUAUCCUGGAACCAGCACCAAUGAAUGCCAUUAUCAUGGCAGCUCUAGACCAUAUGAGUUCUAAUGUUCUUCAGAUCUCUGCAAAGUCACAACUUGCGAAAAGCACUAUCUCUGACACUACCAGUGACAGCUUGAAGAGCACACAUCACACAGAGCUCGAAAUUGACAGCACAGUCAAACACUGCAUGGUAUUGAGAUACGGUCACAAGAGGUUCAAAUUCACAUCAUGCCAUGGGGGAUUGCUGCCAAUGAAAGGCAGGAAAGUUUUGACACAAGUUGAUCUGUGGUUCAAUUCAAUAUACAGUGUCCCGUUCAAUCGGUCGCCAUCCCACCCAUGCAUCGUCCAGUCAUGA